AUGGGUGCUUGCUUCUCUUCAGUGAAGUCUCAGCCAUCUCAGCCAUCUGCUAAGGUGAUCUCCACCAACGGUAUUCUUCGCGAGUAUCCUGUCCCUAUAAACGUCUCUCAACUUCUUGAAUCCGAGGAUUGCUUGUGUUCCUCGUACUUCGUUUGCAAUUCCGACCGUUUGUAUUACGAAGAUUACAUUCCUGUCUUGGAUUUGAAUGUCGAACUUGAGGCCAACCAGAUCUACUUUGUUCUUCCUGUGUCUAAGCUUCAACAACGUUUGACUGCAUCUGAUAUGGCCGCUUUGGCUGUUAAAGCCAGCGUGGCUAUACAAAACGCGUCGACCAAGGACGGUUAUCGCCGCAAAAAGGCUCGCAUAUCUCCGGUCCUUUUGGUUAAUCGAUUGGCUUCUUCUGAAAAUUAUAGCAAGAUUAAUGAUGGGUUUCAGUAUAAUAGUAAUAUGAACAAGCCCCUUGUUUUUGAUGCCAAGACUGUGGGUGUAGCUGGUGCUGGUAAAUUAUCUCGAGCUGGGUCAGUCAGAAAGUUGCAGAGAUUUACUUCUAAAAGGGCUAAGUUGGCUGUUCGAUCGUUUAGACUCAGAUUGAGCACAAUUCAUGAAGGCACAGAUGUCUAG